CAUGUUUAUCAGCUCCACCCACAAAACAAGUUUCCUGCAUUGUGGCCUUGCGUGUCUCAGCCAAAUUCCCAAAUUGAACAAACCAAAGAAUCAACUUUUUGCUAGGAAUAAUAAAUAAAUCAUAACCAGAGGAGGUUUGAAGGAGAAAGGGGAAAAAAGGAAUGCCACGGGAAGCUACUUGUUGCCAUGAAAGAGAAAAGUUGUUUUCCUAUUAGUAGAAAACAGUGCCACUAACCUAGUGCAAUACAAGACAUCGUAGGCUUCAAACGUUAAGGCUUUCGUGGGAUAAGGAAAGAAAACUACGAUGAUGACUUUGGAUAAAGAUCUAAACAAGAGCAGUUUACAUAAGCUGGUGGCGAGGUCCCUGAAAGAGCCCAUUCUGGGCCAGCAUUUUUCACAGCCCGGUCGCACGGACCACAGCCAGACCAUCGAGCUGGACACCAGCCAGAGUUACAUCGCCGUUUACACACAUCUGAAGGUUCAUGCUACGGGAAUGCCUGAGCGAUUGUCUACGCCGGAAGCGAUUGUAAAGCAUCGUCCGGAGAAUGUGGAGGGCAAGGGCAAAGCCAACGAAAGUAGACCCAUCCGUAACGCCAAAUUACGUGCUGAACUAGGCCUCAAAAUAUAG